AGCUGCGCUUCCUGUCACUUUUCAAGGCUGCACAGUUGGCAGGUAAAGCAAGGCAUAACUAGAAGAAGAAAUAUCAUCGCGGAGACAUCUGCGCAGUCUGUCUACCGUGCUUUGUUCCGCUCCGCUCCACACUUUUGCGACAGGAUUCAGGACCGACAAGCAAGAGCAACACUGUGUUGAACCAAGCAGUGGGAUGAACCGAUAUCGCAAUAUUCCAGGGCUUCGGGGUCCGUCGAAAGCGACUCCGAAUACCCUCUGUCAAAAAUGCUUGAAAAGAGGUCACUACAGCUACGAAUGCAAUGUGACUCCACAAGAACGUCCAUAUACGUCGCGCCCAUCGAGAACCCAGCAAUUAGCGAACCCGAAGCUGCUACAGCCACUAUCAACGGAAAUCCCAACAGAAGCCUCGACUUUAAAAGGACCACCAAGCAGUCUCCUUAACCGAAAGGACGGGGAGAUACAUCCUAGCAAAAGAAAUUCAAGUAAGAAUGACACGCGGUCUAGCACGAGAAGGCCGAAAUCGCGGUCCCCUUCAGUCUCUUCGAGUAGAUCUUCGAGUUCAGUUUCCACCAUAUCCACCAACCGCUCGCGGUCCUCCCCUCCGAAGAGACGGCACGACUUGUCCCCAUCACCCUUCCGGACGGAUGAGCGUAAAAGAAAAGCAAGAAGUUCAUCAAGUGAAUCAUAUUUUUCGUCCGAUUCAGAUGCGGAAACGCAUUCGCGCUCGCGUGAAACCGACCGCCGUAUUCGACGCAAGUGGAAGUCGCAAAGCCCUAGCGAACGGGGAAGACGGUGCGAUCCAAGGAGGAGAGGGAGUUGGAGAGGUAGAUCUGAUAGUCGAAGCAUGGAUAGGAGCAGGAUUGCGAGAGAGAGGCGCUCGGUAACACCCUCAGCGAACCAAAAUGGACCGUCAACGUGGAAUGAACCAAGCCCUGUUCAGGGGUAUAGAAAACCUUCUCCAGGUUCAAGUCCUAGCAGAUCCAGGAUCAGGCGUCGCAUGCGCUCUCCCGCGAAGGACAGACGGGGAGAUGGUGACACUAUGAGACGUGCGGCACCUCAACCCGAAAGGCGAAGCUUGAGCCCAUACAGUAAGCGGCUGGCCUUGACGCAAGCCAUGAAUAUGAGGACGUGAAAAUUAUCUUCCACCGCAAGUGAAUGUUCUUUGUUUCUCACUUUGCAUGCUGGCUUCUCUUUUUCCCUUUUUCCUUUUUUCUCUUUCCACCUGCCGCGUGCGUUGUCGUCUGCAUUUUGAUCAUUAUUUCGGCGCCAAGGAGGAUCACGCUUAUAACGUUAACAACCGACAAUGUACCAUAUAUCCUUUUAGAAACUAUGACAUCUUGAUAUCUCGAGUA